CAUAUUGCAAGCAACUCUUUUCGCGUUCGGUUCGCAUUUAAGGGAAAACCCCUCUCGUAGUUUCCGUAGUUUUUCCCCAAUAUAAAAUCAGCAUGUGGUCGAAGGUAGCCAUCAGUGGAGCCCUGCUUGUCAUGGGCGGUGUCCUGUCUGUCAGUGUGGUGGACAAUUUUGCCUAUGUGGAUCGCUCUCUGCCGGUGGCCAUGCCACAGGCCAAGGGUCUGGUGGCCAAGGAUUAAGAAAGUAAAGUGAAGGCGAGCGAGAGGGACUCAAGGUGGAUGGGCACCCCUAGUUCCCGUUGCAGGAACAGCAGUGUGCUUCACAGUGUGUGGUCCAGGGGAUGUCUAGCUAUUCCAGUUUAUCUUCAAGCUGGACAUAGUUGAGGGUCUUCCCAGUGGUGAUGGUGACCACUUACCCAGCUGCCUUUGUGCCUGAAAGAACAACUAAAUUUUAAUUUAUUUUUAUUAUUUUUUUUUGUUUUGUUUAAUAUGUCAUAAGUUAUAAAGUUCCUAAUGUGUAAGCAAUAAAAUGUUUAAGCCCUAAAGGGAUGCUUAAUCUCUGAA